AUGUCGCUCAAUUCGGCGCAACCUCCCACGGCCCCGCUUCCCUCCGUCUCCCCGCCAAACCCGUCUCUACCGCAUCUCUCGCCUCCAACCUACUCUCACCCUCACCAUCACGGUUCACUCGCGGUAUCGGCUAUUGCGGAAGUCGAUGCGAUGCGCACGACAAUCGAUGGCUUGCGGACGAGACUUGCGGGACUUGAGGGAAUUCUAGCGACGGUGCUCGGUGGGCACGGCAGGACAGCCCCUGCCGUAAAACCAGCUAUGAAUGCUACAGGGGGAUAUGGCGCGCCGACUUCAACGCCCAGUUUCGCAGGUCCUGCUCUAUCGGCGCACUACCUGAACGACUACGCCCUCGCUUCGCCCUACGCCUAUCUUCCCUACCAGUCCGCACCGUCUCCUGUCCCUCUUGCACGGUCCUCAUCAUCGAAUGGGUCCGCAUCGAAUAGUGUGCCUCAGCCUUGCACCACCGCGACGCAUUCCUCCUCGACUACCGCCAUCGACCCUCCCGCUGGGGCCGGUCUUGCUUCUACAACUUUUGAACACUCACCUAGCUUCAGCCACUCGCGUCCUGAGCUGCGCGAAGAAGAAGUCGCGGCGAGUCUGAGCCUGGAGUGGAUGGCGCUCGGUCGUACGAACGCGGCGAGCUUCCCGCAACAGUCCCCGCAAGCUGCCACGGCCCGCCUCGGCUCGCCCGCAAGCGACAUGCCCUCUUCAGUCUUCCCUUUGCCCUCCGACACAACGCCCGUCCAUCCCCUUGACCAAUUCCCUACUCCCGCCUCGCUCGCCGAAAUCCUCCCGCCAGACGACGAGCUCGAACGCAUCGCACACCACGCUCUCGAAUGGACGAACUGGCUUCACGCUGCGAUCCACGGCCCAACUUUUCGAGCGGAGGUGCAGGAGUUCCUUGAGGCGCCGCGAGAAGGACGUCUCGAUAGGGCCGAUCCUGCCUGGCUCGCUCUGCUUUUUGCUCAGCUGUGUUGCGGCGUCAAGCACAUGACGGAGGAGCAUCUCAAGUCGCUCGCAACGUCGGGGCUGAACCAGCACGAAGCCGACGCACGGUCGAAGCAGUAUCUCGAAGCCGCCCUCGCCUGUCUCUACCGAAGCCACUUCCUCGUCGACCGGCAACUCCACGCCGUACAAGCCAUCGUCGUCCUCGUCGUCGGCUGUCAAGACGGAACUCCCUCGAACCUCUUCCCGACGCUCCUCUCGCUCGGCAUCGCUCUUGCGCAAGAUCUAGGUCUUCAUCGCCUACCGUCCGACGAAGACUUUGCUGCUUCGAUCGCAGGGAUGCCCAAAGCCGGUCGGGCGAGAAGUCUUGUCGAGUUCCAGACGAAAAAGAGGGUUUUCUGGUCGCUCGCCUGCCAGGACUGGUUCAACAUCGUCUACCGCCGGACCACGGCGAUCCAACCGACGCAGGUCACAACGCCGCUGCCUUCGAACGCUCACGACGAAGACUUGUUGACCGGCACGCUCAUCAAUCGCCCUCCCAACAAGUUCACGGUCGCCGGCAAAAUGCUUGUCUGGAUCCAGGUCGCUCGUCUCGUCCAACAGGUCUUCCAGCACAUAGACGAGAACCCGAACCCAUCCUACGCCGUCGUACUCGACCUCGACGAGCAACUGAAGCGGCUACUCGCGAACGCACCCGCUUGGCUCACCUCGAACGCUGUUGAAGACCCGAACCUCCCGCCCAAUGCCGACUGGUUGCGCACGACUUUCAUCAUCUCCAGCUCGCAUAAGACGUUGACGCUCCAUCGCAACUUCUUCCGGCGAUUCGAGCCGUCUCGGCGCCGGACGCUUGAGGCGAGUCGAGCGAUCUUGAGGGAAGCGGCGAAGGUGGGAGACACAAGGAUGUGGACGAUACCCUAUCAUAUCAGCGCAGCAGCAUCGUUAGUCUGCCUCGACCUGUUCCAGCGCAUCUCGCCGCCCGCCAUCCUCGUCGCCGAGCGAGAAGAGGUCGUCACCGCGCUUGACGCCCUGCGCCGCAUGUCGUCGUUCUCAGCCAUCGCAAGUCGCGGUGCAGCGCUGCUGUCGAGCCUCUUGCUCGAGGAGAGCAGGCUGCCUCCGAUCGCGGUGCCCGCGCGACAAGCAGACGAGGGCGAGGAGCGACCGUCGAAGAAGCAGCGGACCAACUCAGCACCGACGCCAGCAACGGCGGAUUCAGCGCAGACGCCACAUUCCGCACCCGCCGUCUCAUCCGCCUCGCUCGCUCACCUUCUCGCGACUCCUCCUGCUCCGCCAUUCGCAUUACCGUCCGGCAUCGUCGUUGCGUCACCUUCACCAGCAUCGCAACCCGCAUCGUUCUCCUCGGUAGCGUUCCCUCCACCCCAAGCCGGGUUCGAGCCGAACAUGCUCGGACUCUUCGACGACCUGCCGCCCUCCUUCAUGAGCGCAUUUCUCGAGGCGGGUUUCGACCCGCUAGAUGGUGGAUGGGAAGUGUAG